GUAGCGACGCAGAGGCAGCGGGGUCUUCUGUGCAAACUGUCUAACUACCAAGACGUCAUUGUGGAGGAAGAACUCCAAUGGAGGCUACGUCUGCAACGCAUGUGGUUUAUACCAAAAACUUCAUUCGACACCAAGACCUCUGAACAUCAUAAAGCAGAACAACGGUGAACAAAUAAUCCGCCGCCGUACAAGGAAACGCAUCAACCCUGAUUCCUUGUCAUCUGAGACCCCCGCCCCGAAACAACAGCGCAUCACCAGCGAAGAGAGAGUCAAUGGGGAGGAGUCAGACAAAUGUUUUGCUUCAAUCAAAAACCAGCAGCCUUCCCCUCGCUCACGCUCCCCCCGAUCCACUCAAGCCUUCCUAGCCAAUCAAACAUUGGAGAUCCACCGACGCAUGCCUCCUCUUCUCCUUCCGUCACACACCCCCUCCUCGUUGGUAGCUGAGGGUAAUGGAGGCCUCACAGAGGGCGGGAUAAUAUCCAAAGUAGAGGGAGGUAAAGGAGGAGGUGGAUCAGAAAGAGGGAGUCCAAUUGAAAAGUACAUGCGUCCAUCCAAACCGUCUAGUUAUUCGCCCCCUGGUUCACCCAUUGAAAAGUACCAGUACCCUCUUUUCUCCUUACCCCUACCAUUAACCCUCUCCCCUGAUCUGACGCCUGAAUCGGAUUGGCUCAGGUUCUGGACCAAGUACAAGAUGGCCGCCGCCUCUGGGGUCCCCGGUACCUUCAGUAAUCUGAGCAGUCCUGGUAGCGUUGGGAACAACUCUCUUUACCUUGGUGCCAUGGUGGCUCCAGUACAGCAUCAUCAGCAAAGCUACACGGUGCCUUACUGUGCCUCCCCCUACUCUCCUCUUCCCCCUCCUCCAGCUCCUCCUCACUAUCCUCCUCCUCCUCUUCAUUCCCAAACCUCCUCGCCAUUGUUAGAAAAUGACGCCCCCUUGGAUCUUGCAAUAAGACAAAGAGAUACCAGUGCGGCGAAUUCACACGUGUCAACAAACGGUGCGGAGAGGAGAAGGCAAGAGUCGCCGCUGGCUGAGAGGUCUAGAGAGAACUGGAAAGCAGAGAAAGAGGAGGAGGAGAGGAUGGAUGAAGGAGAGAGCCAGAGGGAGGAGAUAGAAAAGGAUCAUUUGACGAAAAGUCAGUCAAGUGCCCCAUCGAAUCGCGUAAUGGUGGAAGCUUCCACGCAGGACGACCUGACCAAUCGCUGCAUCCACUGUGGGAUCUACUUCCUCGACGAGGUCAUGUAUGCACUGCACAUGAGUUGCCACGGCGACCAGGGACCAUACCAAUGCAGCUUUUGCCUUCACGUGUGUGUUGAUCGCUAUGAUUUCACCACACACAUACAGCGGGGCCUACACAGGUACACAGACAAAAAGAAGGGUCCCACGCAAGAGGACCACAAUCAGAACGUCACGGUGACCCCGGAGCACGGGUGUCAAAAUGUGACACCCGAGGAAAAAGAUGAAACUGCUCACAGUGAGAUCACAGACGAAAGCAAUGAUGUCAUAGGAGAUGGUCACGACAACCAAGCAAAAGAAAAGACAGGCGCUGAUGCCACUGACAAUGAAACGGAAGCUGAAAUGGAAGUGAGAGAAGAAGGUCAUGACGUAACAAACCAGGAGUUGGGAGAUGAAACGGUGUCGGAUAGUAAUGAUGACACCACAAAACCCACAGAGGUCACGACUGUUGCAGAAUCUAAAAACUUAGACGAGAACACAGAGAGUAAUUAAUCUGAUGCCUUUGACUCAAACAAACCUUUAAAGAACGCUUUUUAUUGAAUGAAUAAGCUGUCGGCCUCCAUGUUCCUGGAGGCUCGCUCAUGUCAAAAUGAGCCUAUCCUGGGCACUAAAUGGAACACAUCCUUAUGCUGGAAGCACUCGGCUGUCAAAUGGUCAAAAAUCAUCGUAGGAUCCCGCUGAACUGCUGCAUGGACAGUUUGGAGAAAAAGCCUGAAUCCUGUGUUGAGUGACGGCCACUUGACAGCUCUGUGGCAAGUAUUCAAUGACAGAGUCCGGGCAUGCAGCUGAAAUCACCUUUUAAUAAACAGCCACUUCAUGUGCUUUCCAAAUAAGAGGAUUGGAAGCUGGACACAAAGUUAGACUGCUCUCAUUUAGGAUGAGUUUGAGGAGCUCAGCACUUGCACAGCCACCAUACAGCAGAGCAAAAAAAAAUGCUAGAAGCAAAACACUUUAACUUGGCUGAUCUGUUAUGCACCGGGUGGAACUGAACCAAACUGGUCCUAACUGGUUUGAUGCAUCAUUCAGAUCAUUUAUCUCGGUACAACCAGAUGUUAUCUGGUCAGAAGAACUUUGGUCUGGUCCAAAGCAUGUUUUUGACUGUCACACCGCUGUGCUAAUGGAUCCAAACCAAAACUUACUUUGACUCUUUGAAACUGGUGGAGUUAACCCAGCUUUUCUAGCUCCUAUCCUUUUUGUUUCUGAAACUGGCAAAAAGAAAAAAACAACUGGGAAAAUCGCCAGCGCUGCAAAGUGGCCCUAAAUGGGAGACUUGUUGAAAAUACUUUUUGAACUGCUUAAAACCAGUUUGAACUGGUAAGACCGGAGUAAUUCCGGACCGAAGUGUUCUCUUGAUCCAUUUUGAUCAAACCAAGUGACUUUAUUUUCUACCUUCCUCCGUGCCAUGAUACUAGCUACGUGCCUGGCUGCCUGCCUAAUAGAACAACCAUCUAUUAACCUGCUUAACAUUUAUAUUAAUAAUGGUAAUAAUAAUAAUAAUGAUGAUGUUAUAGUACAAAACAUGCAAUUUGCUACACUUUCCUAUAUAAAAUGUUAUUUUGUAAAGGCAAAUAAUGCUUUUUUGCAGGAAAUGGUACUAUAAGAAUUAGUGUAUUUGAGUCUUUUUUUCUUUUUGAGUUAUUUGUUGUGUAUCUUCUUGGGGAGACUUGUUACGUGGAUAAAAGCCGUCUAACAGAAAUGGUACAGCAAGAGAGGGGGUUGUGUGUAUGUGUGCAUUUGUGUAAUUGUGUGUAAGGAUCAAAGGAUGCUUCCGUCCCCAAAUGAUGAUGUAAACAUAAUGAAGGCUUGCGCUCGGUAUUUCAGUCCUCAGGGGUCACACGUGUUGCACACCAACCCACCUGUCUCGUAGCAUUUGACACAUCAUUUUUAAAAGGUCUAAUGGUUUUGGCAUGUUACAUUACGUUGUCUUAUAUGUAUUCUUAUCAUGUUCUUUGUGCGUUAAUAGGUCAAAAUAGUCUUACUAUGUAACUGUUUUUCUGUUUGUCUAUCAUAUGUUGUUAGGUAUGGUUUUAUAGAGAGACCUUAGGAGCUUAGGGAGAUCAACCCUAAAUGUUAUCAUAAGGAUUAAUUAUAUGGGUUAACUGUAUAAACUUUAGCUCUGUAUUGAGUUUACAGAGCGUAUUGCCUACAGUGUUUUAUUCAGCCUAUCUCGUAUUUCUGAGAGUAUGGUAGGUUACCUCUAUGUAGCAUGUUAGCGUCUUAUAAAAUCUGCAAAAUACAUUGCCUUUUCUAUGGAUGGGAACUGUUUCACCUUAUACCUAAAUGAUACUGAAAGAAAUCGCCAUGUUGCUUCAAACUCCAGCUUACUCCAACAACUGUCCUGCCUUUCAUUACCUACAUUUUGGUUCUAAAUCAGUCUUAUAAGUUUAAGGAAAGACCCGUCUAAAACCAAAUGUUCAUCAUUAAUUUAAUACAUUGAAAAUAUUGACUAGCAGGUCAUUCAUUAAGAUUCUAUUUUUCAGAAGGGAGAAACUCGGUGGCCAUCUUUUUUGAUAAGAACAGAAUCACUUCCCCCUGCCUUGCUGCCUUAGUUGCUAGAAUAAAAAACAAAAAAAAUCACCAAGGGACUCCUUUGAAGGAAGUAAUAAAAGCCUAAAGACAAUAAAGACAGGAGAGAAUAAAUAAUGAGAAUAAGAUAUUUUUCUAUGCUUGUCCAAAAGACAUGGAUACAAAGAUAUUCUGACUAGUGCCUGGUAACUUGUACAGUUUUUCUAAUAAACCUCUGUCUGUUUCGAAAAGUAAGUCAUGUUAGGCAGGAGUUGGGCAAACAUACUUCGAUAUUUAUUUCCCGUGCACCAAGUUAAAAGUCAUCCAUUAUAAUGCUUGUGUCUGAUUGAUGUUCCCUCUUUGCCUUUUCAGCCAUUGAGAACUACCCACAUGUGCUUUAA